AUGCCUCUCGAUGUUAUUGAUAUUUACGAGCUUUUUGAGCGAAAACGUCAUGGGGAUGUUUCUAUAGCAGUGCUUGAAAAAUUGCAGUCUUGGGCACUAAUUGCCAAAAACAAUACACUAAAAUGUGAUAACGGGCAUUACCUUAAAUUAUGUUUGAGAGCAAAUUGUUUGGACGGAUAUGUAUGGAGAUGUCGAGAAUAUUCUACAAAUUCAAGUCGAAAAAAAGUAAAAUGUGAUGUUUAUCAAUCCAUAAGGAAAGAUACAUUUUUCUGCAAGUCCCACAUAUCAUUGUACACAAUUGUUAGUUUUACGUACUUAUGGACAAAAAGUGUAUCUCUAUCGUUCCUUUCCGAGGAGUUAGGGAUUGCUCAACAUACCGCCGUAGAUUGGGCGUAUUUUCAACGUGAAGUGGUUUUCGAUGGCAUGAUAAUGAAACACGGGGCAAAAUUAGGAGGAGUGGAUAAAACGGUUGAGAUCGAUGAGUCCAAAUUUGGAAAACGCAAAUACCAUAGAGGACAUGCAGUCGAGGGUCAGUGGAUUGGUGGUAUACAAAGAGAUAAUGGAACGUGUUUUCUAAUUCCUGUCGAAAAGCGGAAUAAGGAAACAUUGCUAGCUAUAAUUAAAGAGUGGGUGCUGCCUGGAAUGCAGAUAAUAAGCGAUUGUUGGAAAAGUUAUGACUGUUUGAAUGAUGAGGGCUUCAUAUAUUUUAAAGUUAAUCAUUCAGUGAACUUUAAAGACCCAAAUACAGGCGCCCACACUAACACCGUUGAUCCCUCAACGGGAUGUGGAGAGAGACAUGCAAAAGCUUCACUGUCUCAAUACUCAAGGAAAAAACAUUUCUAUGGCGGCUACAUGGCCAAAUUUAUGUUUUUAAAAAAAUGCCGUAUAUUAAAUCUAGACCCAAUUAUUGAAUUUUUCCGUUUAGCCGAAUAUAAUUCACCUGAUGAAUCAAACACAUCUUCAAAAUUACAAUAA